AUAAGAAACCAAAUUGUGAUUUGAAUAUUUAUAAUUCAUGUAAUCUAUACUUUAAAGAUCUUCAGUUAUCAAAAGGUGAAUAUUUGGAUAUUGCAUCUGAUGAAAUGAUCUUUUGCUGCCUAAUUUCAUAUUGUAAUUUAAAAGAGGACAAACCAAUAUGA